CCCGCGGCGUCGGCCCGCAUUCUUGCAGGUCGGGGUUGGCAGAAAAGACCCGUGUGCGCGAGCGAGGGGAAUGGACCUCAAAGCCCAGCGGGGCCCCGGCGCUUCGCCCUCCGAGCCGGAGGAUUCCUAGCCCUCCUCCCCGCGCGGCUCUCCGUUCCAGGCGAGACCGUUAGAGCGAAGCGGAGAGGGCGCUGGACAGCCGCGUCGCCAUGAAGCUGUUGGAGGCGGCGGCGGCGCUGCUCCUCUUCGCCGCGGGCCUCGAUUGUCAAACCUUUUUGCAUAUCACUUAUCCAAAGAAAAUUCCAUCCAACAUGACUGAAGAUGGUCUAGGUCCAGAUGAGAGCACACAGACUUACAUGAUUACAAUAAAAAAGAAGACGUACACAAUUCACCUGCAGCAACAAACAUUUUUGCCCAAUGACUUUUUGGUUUAUACAUACAACCAAGGAGGCUUUGUCCACCCCAAUUCCCCACAUAUUCAGGGCGAAUGCUUCUACCAAGGAUACAUACAAGGGUUCCCAAACUCUGUUGCAAUACUCAGCACCUGUUAUGGGCUCAGAGGGCUGUUGCAGCUUGAGAAUGUCAGCUAUGGAAUUGAGCAUUUGAAAUCCUCAGCUAAUUUUGAACACCUGAUUUAUCAGAUAAACAACAAAAACCUCCAGAGUCCACUUAGGAGAGAAGAUUUGCCAUCUACAGAAAGACAACUGGGGAGUGAGGGCAUGCCUUAUAAGCUGCUCUCAGAUACUGUGCCACUGUCAGAUGUCACUAAAGUACACAGAUACAUAGAAAUAUAUAUCGUUUUGGAUAAGGAUUUGUACAACUUUUUGGGUGGAAGCAGAGAAAUUGUAACCGACAGCAUAGCACAGCUUAUUGGUUUUGUCAACAGUAUAUUUUCUAGGCUUAACAUUACAGUUGUUCUAUCUUCUUUGGAAUUCUGGACGGACCAUAAUAAAAUCUCAACAUCAGGAGAGCCCGAUGUGUUACUACGAAAAUUUUUACGCUGGAAAAAUUCAUAUCUUGUUCUACGGCCUCAUGAUCUGGCACUUUUGUUAGUUUACAGGGAGAAACCUAAUUAUGUAGGAGCAGGAUUUAUGGGGAAGCUGUGCCUCCGGAAUUUUGAUGCAGGAGUUGCUCUGUAUCAGAAGUCCAUGACCAAAGAGCCAUUCUCCGUCAUUCUGGCCCAAUUGCUGGGCCUUAACCUGGGGAUGGAAUAUGACAAUGGCAAAGAGUGCAAGUGCCCAGGAGGCUUUGUCUGCAUAAUGAACACGGAAGCAGUACUUUCAAGUGGAAUUAAAGCUUUUAGCAGCUGCAGCAUUAAGGACUUCCAAAAUUUCAUUAAAUUCAAGGGAGCCCACUGCCUCUCUAAUCGACCUAAUUUAAAAUUGUUUUAUAAGAAGCGAAGUGCCAGAAGCAAAGCACUUUGUGGGAAUGGUGUUCUGGAAGCUGGAGAGAAGUGUGACUGUGGCUCUGAAGAGGAAUGUAAGCACAGUAAAUGUUGUACUAGCUCAUGUACGUUUCUCCGUGGAGCAGUGUGCAGCAAUGAAUUGUGCUGUGAAAACUGUCAGUUUAAGCCAAGAAACACAAUCUGUAGAGCAGCUGUAGAUAGUGUCUGCGAUUUCCCUGAGUACUGCAAUGGCAGUUCGGCGUCCUGCCCAAGCAAUGUUUAUGCCCAGAAUGGCUAUAGCUGUGCUUCUAAUGCUGGCUACUGUUAUGGUGGAUCCUGUCAGGCAGCUGAUCUACAGUGUCAGGAUCUUUUUGGUGAAAAGUCAAAAAGUGCUCCUCAAGCAUGUUAUGAAGAAAUUAAUGGUCAGACAGAUAGAUUUGGACACUGUGGGAUUGACAUACGAAAGGGAUUUAAGACUUGUUCUUUUCGGGAUAUCAAAUGUGGAAAGUUAAUUUGCGUCUAUCCAACCAGAAAGCCUUAUGUUGACAUGAACAUUCCAAUUCUGUACACUCCUUUCCAAGAUACCCUUUGUAUAUCUCUGGACCUUCAACAACCAGAGGGCUUUCCGGACCCAAUGCUGGUGAAAGAUGGUACAAAAUGUGGAACUAAAAAGGUUUGUAUCAAACAAGUAUGUGAAAAGUAUGGCGUCCUGAAAUAUGAUUGUGAUCCUACAAAAAAGUGCUUUGGGCAUGGAAUUUGCAACAACAAAAGAAACUGCCACUGUGAUCCAGGUUGGGCACCUCCAAAUUGCAAGGAAAAAGGAGGCCCCCUAGGAGGAAGCAUUGACAGUGGGCUUCGUAUGUUGGCUUCUGAUAUUACAGAAAGAGUCAUAGAAGACAACAUGCGAACGUGGGUGCUCCUGAGCAUAUUUCUCUUUCUGCCCAUUGUGGUUGGGUCAGCCAUCCUGAUUGUCAAAUGGGCACGAAUCAGCAAGUACUGCACAGAUGACAGCGAGUCUCUAGGCGAUUCUGAAUCUUAUACUAGAUCCGAUGAAUAUAGCAUGUCAGACAAAACAAGGUAAACGGGAUGACUGGGCCACUGUAUCCAGCUCGAUGCCAAGGUACGUUAGACGCGUGGUUGGGCCCUCCGUUUUCUCCGCAGCUAGAGGGACCCCAAGGUCCUCGGCCAGUGCUGAGAAGGCCUCGAGCAAGGAGGCACACUCCCCCGUGUUGGCUCCACCCACGAAAAGAAAAUCAUCCAGGUAAUGCGUGACCCCAAUGGUGUUUGCCCUGAAACGCAGGGCCCAGUCCAGGAACGUGCUGAAGGCCUCGAAUGCCGAACAGGCAACCACGCAGCCCAUUGGCAUGGCUCUGUCAACAUAGUAUUUACCUUGAAAUUUAAAACCCAGAAGCCGGAAAUCAGCAGGGUGUACUGGCAGGAGGCGGAAGGCCGAUUCUAUAUCACACUUUGCCAACAACGCCCCGGGGCCAAAACUACGGAUCAACUUAACUGCCUGAUCAAAGGUGGCGUAUUUAACCGUGCAUAACUCAGGCGGGAUGGCAUCGUUGACCGAGCCGCCUUUUGGAAAGGACAGGUUGUGAAUGAGCCUAAAUUCACCGGGGGUUUUCUUGGGCACAAUGCCUAAUGGGGAUAUGUGCAAAUUUGGUAUGGGUGGACUAUCGAACGGGCCUGCAACCCUGCCCGCGCUGACCUCUUUUGCUAUCUUUCUUUCAGCUACUUCCCGUCUGAAGAAUGAGGCCGGGGAAGGCUGGCACUGCAGCAAAAUGCUGCUGAACACGCCCCCUCCGUGG